AUGAGCAUACUACAACUCCCCGACGAGCUCCUGCACGCCGUGUUCUCGCACUCUUCGGUACGCGACGCCGCGCGCUUGUCCGAGACAUGCCGACAGUUCGGCGGCGCGUACAGAUCGUGCUCGGCCGUGCAGUGGUACAAGGCCGCCGUCACGGGCGGGGGGUACGUGAAUGUUGAGCCGGUGGCUCUGCAACCGGCAGCAGCGGCCGAGAGCGAUGUUCUUGCGGAUGCGGAUCCCGCCGGUCCAGCCUCCACGCCCCCACCGCCGGAGCGCCAGACACUCGGCUCCAAGGUCGCCGCGCUCCGCGCCCAGGAAACCGCCUGGCGCACGCUCACGCCGCACAAGUUCCAGCGGUUCGACAUGCCGGGCAACCGCGCCGAGGAGCACGACUUCUCGUCGGGGCUAGUCGUGAUCCACCGGCACGCGGGCGUGAGCGACAACAUGAGCGAGGCGGAGGAGGAGGCCGACAGCCUCGAGGGGUUCCACCGGAACUGGAUCAGCGUGGACUUUGGGCGUGUCGACCAGCGGCUCGCGAACGACUUCGGCGACGAAGACGACUUCCCGUUCACCCGGCGCCUGCUGUACCGCUCGUGGACGUGCAUCGCCGGCAUCGACGCGCAGGCCGACCUGCUCCUCCUCACCGAGGACCUGUGGCACUCGGACUCGACGUGCACGACCCGCUUCCACAUCCUCUCGCUGUCGACGGGACAGGGGCACCCGCGCGCGCAGCACCCCGUGAUCAUGCUCAAGGUCGACGCCAGGGAAACGUACACCACGUCCGUGAUGGGCCCCGCGCGCGAUACCUGGAAGGGCGGGAGCUACUGUGUCGCUGUUCGCGGGAAUCUCGUCGCGACCCUUGUGUUCAAGUAUAGCGAUACGGAGCGCGGGGUGCUCAGAGGCACGUUCAUCGUCGUGUUUGACUGGACGACGGGGCAGGUGGCGCUCGUGAGUGUGUUCUGUGAGGUAACGACUGACGGACGGCAGACCAUCUCCCUGCCCGAGACGCACGACUCGCCGUCGUUCACCUUCCUCGCCGACGACCUGAUAGCUGUCGCGCCACUGAGGGCCGUCCCGAGGCCUGCGCAUGUACCUCACGAUCCGCGUCUUGCGCUCGAGGUGUAUACCAUCCCGCCGAGAGAUGAAUGGGCCGACUUGCUGCCGCCGAAGGACAUCGUUGAGACCCUCGCGGAAGAGAUGUCUGACGACGACAGUAUGACGGACGAUGAGAAUGACAGUGGCUCUGGUAGCCUCGACGACGAUGAUGAGGUUGACAACGGCAGCGACAAUGAGUGGGAGAGUCUCGACAGCGACGACGACGCCGCCGUCGAUGCAGUUAUCGAUGAGCUCGCCGCCCUCGAUGGUGCGCCAUCAACCACAGCGGACGCCAACGGCACAUUCGCGGCUGAGACUGCUCCCCCCGGCACACCCCACGACGACCCGUUCCCCGACAUGGCCUCGGAAGUGUACUCGGACCCGGAGAUCGAGAUCGAGAACUGGGCCGACUCGGACAGCGAGUCGCCGUCCGAAGGGCUCCCGAAGCCGCCGAUCCUGGACACGGGGGACUUUCUGAAGCUUAUCCUCGGGCCGGGCGACCCCGAGCCGAGCGUGCGCUUCCUCCUCCCGCCCAUCGCGGACGACCAGCGCAUGACGCAGGCGGUCAUCCUGGGCCAUGGGCCGAUUUCACCGCCGUCAGCGGCAUCGCCGUCGCCGUACGCUGUCCCGCGCAACUUUGACACCGACGCCGACACUGGCGUCCUCGUCCUCGGGUUCCAGGUCACGGGCGCUGAUGGUCCGCCGAAGGAUUACACGCUCUUCAUGCGUCAGGAGAAGCUGGCAAGCUUGGCGCGGUCACAUGCCAGCCAGGCGACGGCGCCGACAGAAGUCAGGUGGGCGGACUGGGGCGAGGAGAACACGCGUAUCCUCCCCGAAGCGCUCUUCGCGCGUGAGACCGCCGACAACGAGGGGUGCAAGAACUACUGGGAAGCAGACUACGAGGCCCGUGCGCACGGGUACCGCUUCGCCGCGCUCCGUGGGUUCGGGCACGAGGGCAGCAGCGCAUACACCGCUGCCGACAACGGCGUGUUCGAUCUCGAGGUGUACGACUUUGCGCCGGGUGCCGAGGUGCCCCGGUUCGACCCGGUCGACGAGCGCGGCCUGGAGGGCGGGAGCGCGGUGCUGCGUUCCGACGCGACAGUGCUCGAUGGCUUCGCCGUGCCGGUGGUCACGCGGCUGCCGUUCCUCGCCACGCGGCGCCGCCUCGCGCCCGAGCUGCGGCUCGACUCGAAGGCCGAGCGCCUCGGCUACGGGCUGCUGCUUGACGCGCAGCGCGUCGCGCUGUUCCGCCUGCAGGACGUGGGCGAGGUCGCUGGGAGCGAGGUGCAGGAGCUGCUUGUGUGGACGUUUGGGCGGGGCGAGGAGGUCCGCGGCGACGAGGUGGCGAUCGCGCAGAGCACCAUUGCGGCGCCGCGGCUUGCGCCGUCGUGGUAG